AUGGCCGACGUGCGAGCGCUGCUACGCCAGCAGCGACAAUUACGUCGCAUUGACCACCCACACGCCGCCUACUCUGACGCAGGCAAGCUGCUGUGCACCCUUUGCCGCGAGCAAAUACGAGCUGAGAGCCAGUGGGAGUCGCACACCCGGAGUACAGCCCACAAGCAACGGGCUCUCGCUUCCGCCACGAGGACCGCUGCAGAGCCAUCUCCGUCGGAGACCGCAGAGACGGCGACAGAAAGGGGGACGGGUGUUGCACAAACACAUGACGCCGACGCCCCCGAGGGCCCGGCGGAGGAGGAGGAGCGCGAGGACGACGAGGAUGACAAGACACUCAACGCCACUGAUGGCACCGAGACGCGGACACACGCGCACAAACGAAAAAUUAGCGACAUCGAAGACGGCAGCGACGUCGCCAUGGAUAUAGACGACGCUGUGCGAAGAAAACGCAACCGUGGUGACAUUUCCAUUGAUGUUUCAGCAGCCAACCACCGCCAGGGUAGUGCGAUGGACAAGGACAAGGACGCCUCGACAACGAAUCUGCCAGGACGCCAGGAAGCCAACCGCACGCCGCCGACACUGGCACGACGCAUGUCGUCCACACCGUCCCGCGGCGUCGAGCUGCAAAUACCCUCCCGCCCAGCCACGCCAGCCCACCGCGACUCGUCCUCGUCGACGACGCCCGGCGUCUCAGCCCUCGCCGGGCUCACCGCCGCCAUCACGCACGCCAGCAGUACCGCAGCCUUGGCCCCCAACGGGAGCAGUAGCAGCAGCAUCGCCACCGAGAAGCUCUCAAGCGGCGGCGGCGCUCAGGUCGACGAGGACGAGUGGGCAGCGUUUGAGGCCGAAAUGGCCGCCACCGCCGCCCCGUACGCCGACGACGCCGUCAUCUCCGCGCCCGCCAUGAACGCCGAGGAGUCUGCCGCCGCCGCCGCCGCCCUCGCUGACGGCGAGGGUGACGGCGGCGGCUCGCGCAAGAGCCGUGCUGAUCUCGACAUUGAGGGUGAGCGCGAAGAUGCCGCGCGCGCGCGCGAGGACGAGUUUGACGACAUGCAGCAGCUGGAGGCGCGCGUCAGGCGCCUCAAGGAGAAGCGUGAGGAGCUGCGCCGACGGGCGUCGAGUGUAGGGCAGACUAACGCGCCUGCAAGGCUGCAGAGUCAUUUACCUGAUGGGGACGACAAGAGUCCCGCUGCAGAAAACGGGGCCGAGGCGAUUGUAGAGGAUGAGGAGGGAGAGGAUGACGACGACGACGACGAUGAGGAGGAUGAUUGGGACGGCUUUCGGUUCCGCAAAUAA